UGUUGGGCCAAAAUACAAGUGUGUAUUAUUUUGUGACGGAAACAGUUAUAAUUCAUAAUUACAUUUUGUAUCAUUUUGUAACGUGUUAAGUGAUUUCAAUAAGUCUUUACUAAAUCCGUAGAAAAGCAGCCGACAAAAAAAUGAUGUGGUGAAUAAUUGGAAAUACCAUGGUUUCUGUACUUGAAGAAAUCCAUUUUACUAUAUAGAGCACGCUUUAUAUAUCAUAUAGAUGGUCCGACCAAAAUUGAAUAAAAAGAAAUGGAUGCAAAAUAUGGAACCUGAGCCAACAGAUUCGGGAAUUCCUAUACCAGAUUUACCAGAAAAAUUUCUUCUAAUGCAAGUAAGAAGUGGCUCGAAAAUUAGAAAUGUUCUCGAUUACGCGUUGAAAGAAUUCUCAAAUUAUAACAACGUUGUUUGGAAUGCGGUAGGGAAAGCUGUUGGGAAAGCUAUUUCCUGUGCGGAAAUUUUCAAAACGAAAGAAAAAGAUCUUCAUCAAAUCACUAAAAUACGUUUUAUACAGUCGAAGGAGUCGGAGAAGAGAAAGGAGAAUGAAACCGCCGAAAAUGUACAAAUUUACCACGUCCCGGAAAUAUUUAUUUUGCUUGCAAAAGAAGUAAAAGACACAUCAGUGCCUGGCUACCAGGCGCCUGGUGAUAAUGGAGAAUUCUUAAAUGGCCAAGAAAUGAAAAACGAAUGCAAAGGUAAGAAACAGGAAGCAGGUAGUAAUGUGACCCGCGUGGAUGCUGGGGAAUUCGCAGCUAUGGGAUUGAAGGCUGGUCAAAAAAGGCCAAAGAAAGAGCAAACGAAAGGGCAAACAGAAGCACCACCAAAAAAGAGUAGGAAAAGAGCAAACGAUGGUCGAUAAUACAAGCGAGAGAAAUUAAAUUGCAUUGUAUAUAAAAUUCUAUCUGAAAUAACUCGUAUAUAAUCAGAGACAAAAAUUUUUAAUUUUAAAUAAAAAAUCAUAUUUUCUUGGAAAA